CCCCCCGCCGCAGGGGGAGGGAGAGAAAAAGAAACUGUCACCGUGGGAUUUCAUCAGCUUCUUCUGCCUCCGUGCAUUUAACCUAUUUUUCUUUCAUUUGAUUAUAGAAUAUGAAACAGGAGCCAAAAUGACAUCCCGAUUUGGAAAGACCUACAGCCGGAAAGGGGGAAACGGCAGUUCCAAGUUUGACGAAGUAUUUUCCAACAAACGGACCACCCUUAGUACAAAAUGGGGAGAAACCACCUUCAUGGCCAAAUUAGGACAGAAGAGGCCCAGUGUCAAACCAGAUAUUUCCGAAGUUCCUAAAAAACCAAAAGUUGAAGAUGAGGUAACAGAGGAUCCAUUUGGAUUUGACAGCGAUGAAGAAUCUCUUCCUGUGUCUUCAAAGAAUGUGUCACAGGCUAAAAGCUCCUCUCAGCUGGAACCCGGUGAAGCUGCUCAGUCUGAGGACUUCACUCCUCUACUUGAAGCGAACAGCAGAAUUAAUCAGCCAGACAGUGGGGAAAAUGUUGCAUCCAGCAAGUGCACCUCUGAUAAUACUGUUCCUCUCUUAAAAGAAAAGAGCACGAGCAAAAACGUGGAAGAUGGAGAAUGCAAAGGCAGCAGUGCUAAACUUGUAACUGCAGAUAAAAUACAGAGUUUGAAUGAAGAUAAUGAGAAGAACAGUCAUCUCAUCUAUGAGAAUGCUGAAGACGGUAACAAAAGCAAUGCUGAAACUACAGACACUUCUGGAUACAACAUUGAAGCCAAGGACUUGCCUGAUUCUUGGGACUCCCACAUCGGAAAACCAGCAGACUCUCCAUCAGAACCAUCUCAGACAAAGGGGCCAUUAAGAACUCACUUGUAUGAAUGGGAGGAUGAAUCUGAAGACACCAGAACUGGAGAGUAUAUAUUAGAUUUUGACAAUGAACAUCUCUCGGAGAUGAAGAGCAAGGAUGAGGAGUGUGAUAAAGAAGAUACUGAAAAUCCAAAGGAAGCCAUUAGUGAAGAGCUUGUGCAAACUAUUCCUAGGCCAAGCAACUGUAGGACAUACUGUCGAUCCAACAAAGCAAAACCACAGGGGGCAACAAAUUUUGACAAGCUAAUGGAUGGCACUAGUCAGUCUUUAUCCAAAGCAAACAAUGAGUCAAAUAAUGAUGGUCUGAACCCAACAAGAAAAGUUUCUUUAAGUAGCGGGACCAGUUUUAGAGGGACGGUUGGACGGACUAGAGACUACACUGUUCUACAUCCAUCUUGCUUGUCAGUUUGUAACGUUACUAUACAGGAUACCAUGGAACGAAUCGAUGAAUUUACCACAGCAGCCCCUACUGACCUGGGAGAAGCUGGCCGCUUAAGGAAAAAAGCAGACAUUGCUACUACAAAAACUACAACCAGGUUUCGACCAAGCAAUACCAAAUCCAAAAAGGAUGUCAAAUUAGAGUUUUUUGGGUUUGAUGAUCAAGAUGAGGGAGGGGGAGAUGAAGGCGCCUCUCGAAGUUCUGGGAGUUCCAAUUACAAAAUCAAGUACUUUGGGUUUGAUGACUUGAGUGAGAGUGAGGAUGAAGAUGAAGAGUGGCAGGUAGCAGAAAGGAAAGCUAACAAAAAACGAACUAGAACUGCACCAUCUUCUUCGCUACAGUCAACCUCUGAUGGCAAUGAAAACUGUUCCCAGGAUAGCCAGCUCAGUACUAACGCGGAUCUUCUGGAGUUUUCUGAGGAUGCAUCUGGUGUGCCUGAAGGCAAUAAGAAAUCCACAAAUAAACAAGGUGAUAAAUCUAAGGAAAACACCAGGAAGAUUUUUAGUGGGCCAAAGCGGUCUCCCACAAAAGCUGUAUAUAAUGCUAGACACUGGAACCAGCCAGAAUCAGAGGCUCUGCCAGCACCACCGGUUUUGAAAACUCCCAGUGUCCCAGUAAGGCUAUCUUCAAAGGAGGCAAUUCAUAAAGAUGAUGGAGUUUUUAAGGCUCCUGCACCACCUCCCAAAGUGAUAAAAACUGUGACAAUACCUACUCAGCCCUAUCAAGAGAUAGUAACUGCAUUGAAAUGUAGGAAAGAAGACAAAGAAUUAUACACUGUUGUUCAGCAUGUAAAGCACUUCAAUGAUGUAGUGGAAUUUGGUGAAAAUCAAGAGUUCACAGAUGAUAUUGAGUACUUGCUAAGUGGAUUGAAGAGCAAUCAGCCCCUAAACACACGUUGCCUUAGUGUAAUCAGCUUGGCGACAAAGUGCGCCAUGCCCAGCUUCCGAAUGCAUCUGAGAGCCCAUGGGAUGGUAGCCAUGGUUUUCAAAACACUGGAUGAUUCCCAGCACCAUCAGGUUGUAUUCAUAAAAGGAGAUGUAGAUUUGGAAACUCCUGCUUCCUUCCUUCAGUCUUCCAAAGAUCGUUUGAACAUGGAUUUAGACAGAGCUAGUCUAGAUCUGAUGAUUCGGCUUUUGGAAUUGGAACAAGAUGCUUCUUCUGCCAAGCUGCUGAAUGAAAAAGACAUGAAUAAAAUUAAGGAAAAAAUUCGGAGACUGUGUGAAACUGUUCACAACAAACAUCUUGAUCUCGAAAACAUCACGACCGGGCAUUUGGCAAUGGAGACGUUACUGUCUCUCACCUCAAAACGAGCUGGGGACUGGUUUAAAGAAGAACUGCGGCUUCUAGGUGGUCUUGAUCAUAUUGUAGAUAAAGUUAAAGAAUGUGUGGAUCACCUAAGCAGUGAUGAAAAUGAAGAGAAACUGGUUGCUUCAUUAUGGGGUGCAGAAAGAUGUUUACGGGUCUUAGAAAGCGUAACUGUGCAUAAUCCAGAAAAUCAGAGCUAUCUGAUAGCAUACAAAGACUCGCAGCUCAUAGUCUCCUCAGCUAAAGCACUGCAGCAUUGUGAGGAGUUAAUCCAGCGAUAUAAUCGUGCUGAAGACAGUAUCUGUUUACCAGACAAUAAGCCUCUGCCUCACCAGAAUGUAACUAACCACGUGGGUAAAGCAGUGGAAGACUGCAUGAGGGCUAUCAUUGGUGUCUUGCUCAACCUGACAAAUGAUAACGAAUGGGGUAGUACAAAAACAGGUGAACAGGAUGGUCUGAUAGGCACAGCUAUGAAUUGUGUGCUUCAGGUUCCAAAGUUCCUACCUCAAGAACAGAGAUUUGAUAUUCGGGUCCUGGGAUUGGGUUUGUUGAUCAACCUGGUAGAAUACAGUGCUCGGAACAGGCACUGUCUGGUCAAUAUGGAAACAUCGUGUUCUUUUGACUCAUUCUGCACGGGAGAAGGGGACGACAGCCUGAAGAUAACUGGACAGAUUGAUGCUGUUCAGGCUUUAGUGCAGCUAUUUCUUGAGCGUGAGCGAGCAGCACAGCUGGCCGAGAGCCAGACAGACGAGUUGAUUAAAGAAGCUCCGACUGCUCAGCAUGAUAAGAGUGGGGAAUGGCAAGAGACAAGUGGGGAGAUACAGUGGGUCUCCACAGAAAAGCCAGAUAGCACUGAAGAGAAAGAUAAGAAGGAAGAAGAUGAUGAAGAACUUGAUCUUAAUAAAGCUCUUCAGCAUGCUGGGAAGCACAUGGAAGACUGCAUUGUGGCCUCAUACACAGCAUUGCUUCUAGGCUGUCUCUGCCAAGAGAGUCCAAUCAAUGUGACUACUGUGAGGGAGUACUUACCUGAAGGGGACUUCUCAAUAAUGACCGAAAUGCUCAAAAAGUUUCUCAGUUUUAUGAACCUUACUUGUGCUGUUGGAACAACAGGCCAGAAAUCUAUCUCUAGGGUGAUUGAAUACUUGGAACACUGCUAGAUACUUAACUUCCGCUGCAGGCACUCUAAUGCUGGAGCUACCCUUAGACAAAAGAAGAAGUCAUGAAAGAAGUCCUUGAAGGAUAUACCAAGAGCAUUCAUCUGUGUCAUUCGUGUUCGGAUUUUUAAGGCUACCUGGUCUCUUAACCAUGCAUUCAGCAUUUUCUAAAAGACAGUUACUACAUCAAUCUGCAACUAUCAAAAAUGAGGGGAAAAAGGUUCUGAGGAAAGUAAAUAAAGAAACCAUGCUGUUUAUGAUGCAGUGCAGUAUUUAAACAUUUUUUUGGCAGGGUUUGCCCUCCCUAUCUUUUUUUUUUUCUUGCUUUGUUCGUGACAAGUUUCAAGGGGAAAAACUUGCUGCUGAUAGUGCAACUGCUGUUUACUGUUGAGCCACUGUUUCAUGCCAGCCAGGUGCAAAGGCAGCUUAGCUACUGAGGUAUCAAACAAAUGUUCUAAUAAAGAAGUUCUGGACAGCAGCACCGCUCCUAUUUGAGUUUAAUUUGCUCUUGCUUUUUUAUUACUAGAUUAUUCCAAAAUCAUAAAAUAUAAAUUUUUAAAUACUUUUGUGAUUUUAACUACUGUCUAUAUUUAAAAUUUGUUGGAAUCCAAAGAGGCGAGGAUUGGAUAGUUUAUUUUUUAUACUGUUUUGAUUGAAAUUAGGUUGUUGAACUAUUUCUCAGUUCUAAAACUAUCAUGGCCCAUGUACUGUAAACUUGAUAGACCAUAACACUUUGUAGUUCCAAGAAGCAUGCAAACCCAUAAACACACAAAGCCAUUUGAGGGUAUGUUAUCCACAAAGAAAUAGUAACUGUAAAAAUGUUGUGCCCUGUUUAAAAAAAGAAAGAAAAAAAAAUUAAAAAAAAAAAACAAACCUCAAUCCCAGGGUAGUUUACACUUCUAAUAAGCAAAAACUUUGACAUGCUGUUGUAAUUUGUUUCAAGGAAGCACUCAAGAUGUAUUUUAUACUGCUCAGUACAAAGAAUUUGGAUGUUUUAGGGCGAAGAAUUUUAAAGAAGCUAAAACACCAAUGGGGAUUAAUGUUUCCAGCUGACAUAAUCUUUCUAUUUCAUUCUUCUGUAGUAUGACAAAGUUUAAAUGCAUACAACACAAAGCCUUAAAUUGCUGAUAUAGCUAAGAUUUUGUUCAGUCUGAGGUCUAGUUCACAGCAAAGCAUUGUGUUUGAAGACUUAAGUGGAACAAAGAAUCCCAGAAAACACAUUACUUUUUUUAACAUUUUUUUUUCUUGCACUCAUUAUUCAGACCAGCAGAAUUGGUAAUUAUUUUUAUUAAGGUGGUCUUGAAUAUUUGCAGACUGUUCUGAGAUCUGCUUCAUCGACAUUUUUAAAUACCUGUAUAGGUAGUUACAUCAUGUUAUUCCAUUGAAUUUGUAAAACUUGAAGCCAUAAAAAUAUUAGUUCUGUGUAUAAUGAGGGGGAAAUAACAGGAAAUCUAACCUGCUUUUAGAUCUUGUGUUAUCUCCAUGUAUAAAGUUAAGAACUCGUGCUUUUGUAUCAGUGCCAGCUGUAAAUUUUUUACAUACAGUGGCUGCCUUCUAUGUCUUCCUAUUUUUGAUAAUGCAGAUUGUUGGGAAUUCUGUAAGGAAGUAACUGAUUAGCGGCAAAAAUCCUAUGUUGGUCAUACUUUUUGCGUUUUCUCUCAUCACCUUCUAAAACUUAGUGUAUCAGUGUAACUUAGAAAAGUGUUUGAGGUUGUGUUCCCCUUUGUUUAAAAAAUAAUAAAUUCAGUAUGGGGAGAGAGAAACUGUAUAUAAAUUAUCUACAUCAGGAGGAAAUUAUUGACUAUUUUGCCCAUUUAGUUUUCUGAUUUUAGAGAUUUUUCACUUAUAAUGGGAUUUCGAAUUGAUUAUGUAGUUUUCUGUGGAGAGAUGUCAAGAGAAAAUAAAAUACCGAUGUGAUGAUGGGGAAAGCAGGGACAACUACCUUUCUUUGUUACACUGGUAAUUGUUUGGGAAUUGAUUUACCUCAGUGUUUAACAGUUUUUUUCAAAUGUAACUAAUUGUCAAGCACUGACAAAUGCAGAUUUUUUUGUUUUUUGUUUUUUGAGGGUGGGGGGAGAAAUCACCCUGUGAACUGCAGUGCAUUUUUGUGUGUUAGACCCUCAAAUAACUCUGCAUUAAAGGGUACUUGAGGCCAACUUGCAAAUUAAAGUUUUAAAGUAACUUUUUUUCCACUGUAAAUAUUUGUGUAAAUACUCUCAAUUGGAAAUUAGAACAGUAGAGUACUUUUCUGAAUCCAAUCCUAUUUUUAUUUUAUACAGUAUUUCUCAGCUGUGAUCUUUGGAGCAAAAGCCAACGGCAGGAAAAAUAGUUUGUACCAGUUUCAUGAAGUAUGUCUUUGGGUUUUUGUAAAUAAUUUUAACUCAAAUAAAAUUGCUACUUUCAAUACA